AUGCACAGCUCCUUCACCCGUCUCCAGAAUGUCUUUGGCUUCUUCACCACUGUUGCCUUCGUCCUGGGCGCAUUCAUCGCCGCCACAGAUCUAGGCUCUACUCGCUCUCCCAGCGGAGUCAUUAAGACGGACAACAUUCAAGUUGUCAAGGGCCGACCCCAUUACUACUCUUCCAAAAAGGAAGAGUAUGCCAUCAUCCGCUUCUCUCUCGAGGCCGACCUCUCUUCCCUCUUCACAUGGAACACGAAGCAACUUUUCGUAUACGUAACGGCAGACUGGGCCGGCCCCGGCAACACCAACAACUCCGCCGUCAUCUGGGACAGCAUCAUCACCAACCCCAGCGCCGACCACUUACAAAACAUUGGCCCCGUGGCCAUGAAGAAGCUUAAGAGAAGCGCCGAGGGAAAGAGCAUUGCGCCUGAGCGAGGAAUCCUCAAGCUCAAGAACCAGAAGCCCAAGUACCAAAUCACCCAUCCUAGCGGCAAGAUCGCAGAGACUGCCGACGUGACCCUGAAGCUACAUUACAACGUCCAGCCCUGGGUCGGGCUUUUGACGUGGAACCUGGACAAGUCGUUCGGUGCCUGGAAUGCCAUGAAGGGGGGUAUCAGUGAUCGGUUCUCGCUCCCUGCUCUCAAGUCUAAGGACAGCAAGGACAAGAAUACCGCCAAGAACAAGACCAAGGGCAAGAAGCCUUAA